AUGACAGAAACGGCAAGUGUCAGCUGUUUGUCAAUCCGGGCGAGGAGAGAUCCCCAAGAAACUUACUUGCACAGUUCCACAGAUGCGAAUAUCGGGACACAUCGACAUUCAAAGGGGACACACAAAGCACACAUAUGGGCAACCGCCAAGGGAUAUUCAGUUACCUAUAUAUCUAAACCUGUUGCCUAUCUAUCUAUCUAUCUAUCUAUCUAUCUAUCUAUCUAUCUAUCUAUCUAUCUCAGUCUGUUCAUAUCAUAUCUAUCUAUCUAUCUAUCUAUCUAUCUAUCUAUCUAUCUCAGUCUGUUCAUUAUCUAUCUAUCUAUCUAUCUAUCUAUCUAUCUAUCUAUCUAUCUAUCUCAGUCUGUUCAUAUCUAUCUAUCUAUCUAUCUAUCUCAUUCUGUUCAUAUCUAUCUAUCUAUCUAUCUAUCUAUCUAUCUCAGUCUGUUCAUUAUCUAUCUAUCUAUCUAUCUAUCUAUCUAUCUAUCUAUAUAUCUCAGUCUGUUCAUAUCUAUCUAUCUAUCUAUCUAUCUAUCUAUAUAUCUAUCUAAGUCUGUUACGUAUCUGUUUGUUGCCUAUUGGACAAUAGUCCGAAUAAUCUAUCUAUCUAUCUAUCUAUCUAUCUAUCUAUCUAUCUAUCUAUCAAAUAGUUUGCCGCCUUUUACGAGCCUGCAAACAAGACAGUUAUUCAUCAGCGCAUCUCUUUCGACCGACAUUCACAUAUUUUCUAUUUUUUUAACCCCCCUCACCCUUCUCCUCCUCCUCCUUCUUCUUCUUCUUCUUCCACUUUCUCUUUCAUUUUCUUCUUUCCUCCCUCUCUCUCUCCUUCUCUCUCUCCCUCUCUCUUCGUAUCGCCACGUAGAUGGCGGAAACAUUUCUUUUGUCUUUGCUUCAAUCAAUCUAUCUAUCUAUCUAUCUAUCUAUCUAUCUAUCUAUCUAUCUAUCUAUCUCUAUUUGCUAAUUAUCUCUCGCUCUUCUACUUCUUUUUCUUCUUUUCUUCUUCUUCUUUUCGUCUUUUUCUUCUUCUUUUCUUCUUUUUCUUCUUCUUCUUGUUGUACUUCUUUUUCUUCUUCUUUUUCUUCUUUUCUUCUACUUCUUUUCGUCUUUUUCUUCUUUUCUUCUUGUUUUUCUUCUUGUUUUUCUUCUUCUUGUUUUUCUUCUUGUUUUUCUUCUUUUUCUUCUUCUUCUUUUUCUUCUUCUUCUUCUUCUUCUUCUUUCUAUCCAUAUCUAUCUAUCUAUCUAUCUAUCUAUCUAUCUAUCUAUCUAUCUAUUUAUUUAUCUAUCUAUCCCAGUCUAUCCAUAUCUAUCUAUCUAUCUAUCUAUUUAUUUAUCUAUCUAUCCCAGUCUAUCCAUAUCUAUCUAUCUAUCCCAGUCUAUCCAUAUCUAUCUAUCUAUCUAUCUAUCUAUCUAUCUAUCUAUCUAUCUAUCUAUCUAUUUAUCUAUCUAUCUAUCCCAGUCUAUCCAUAUCUAUCUAUCUAUCUAUCUAUCUAUCUAUCUAUCUAUCUAUCUAUCUAUCUAUCUAUCUAUCUAUAA